GGGAAGAGAGCCGGUAUCGAGCAUGUAGAAGCGGAGAGUGGCAAAGCGAAAGACAGGGACGGAGAUCGUGCCGGAGACGGAGAGAAAGAGAGAGAAGAAAUAAAGAGAGAGAGAGAAACCGGCAGGCAGCUGAAGAGAGACAAAGAGCCAAGCCACGGCGACUGGACUCUGGAACAGGUCAGUCGGCUGGGAGCUGAGUGAACAGCCUGUCUACUGGUACAGGACAACGCGCAUGCCGCCUGUCUGGAUGCUGACGGACUGCCAGCAGUUGUCCAGGUGCGACGUAAGGGCGACGACUCCGCUAACGUCGUCCACGUGAAGGUCAAGUGGUGGGGACGAAGAGGACGAGGAAGUGGAAGGUGAACCACCGAGGUGGGCACCACGGGUGGAUCCCGCGCUGGGACACGCGAGAUGUCGAAGACACGAGAGCAGACCCUGGCGAGCGCGCCGUCCGACCGGAUAGACAUCGACAGGCCCUACUGGGAUCAGAGCACGUAUCGGGGAAGGGCUCUCCACUUCCUGACGGUGACGAAUCCGCUGAAUGUCUUCGCCACGAAGCAGCAGCUCGAGCACGCGCGCGACGUCGUCAGCAGGCACAGGCAGGGCGAGACACUGCAGAAACAGGGGAUCACCGAAAACGAGCUAUGGAAGUGCAAAUACCUUUACGACAGCGCCUACCACCCCGACACGGGCGAGAAGAUGCUGUCCAUAGGACGCAUGAGCGCCCAAGUGCCCAUGAACAUGACGAUAACCGGCUGUAUGAUGACGUUUUACAAAUCGACGCCGGCUGUGAUAUUCUGGCAAUGGGUCAACCAGUCGUUCAACGCCAUCGUAAAUUACACGAAUCGCAGCGGCUCCAGCCCAAUUCCAACGGAGACGUUAAUGCGGAGUUAUGUCGGAGCUACAGGCGGUGCUGUAAUAACGGCGUUGACCUUAAACCGUCUCGCUGAACGUGGACCACCAUUGGCAGGCCGACUCGUGCCAUUAGCGGCGGUUGCAGCAGCUAACUGCGUCAACAUCCCCCUCAUGAGGAUCACCGAACUCCAAAAUGGCAUCGAAUUACAGACCGAGGACGGCACAAUGGUCGGCCACAGCAAACGAGCGGCGAAGCAGGCGAUCAUGACCGUGACACUAUCGCGUAUACUUAUGGCCUCUCCGAGCAUGAUACUGGCGCCGAUAGUGAUGAAUUACCUAGACCGAAGGCAGCUGCUGCGUAACGCGAAAUGGGCCGCUGGACCGAUUCAGGUUUUGAUCUGCGGAGUCUGCCUCACCUUCGCGACGCCGCUCUGCUGCGCUCUUUUCGCACAGCGUGUUCCUAUCCCGGUAAAUCACCUGGAAGCCGACGUGCAAAAGCAAGUACGCUCGCACGAUUCCAGUCUGGAGACCGUGUACUACAACAAGGGCCUUUAAGCGGAGAGACCGGGCGCCCACGUGAAACUUAAAUAUCUUUACUGGUUCAAAGACACGAUAUACGUGCUGCUGAAACUCAGGAUUCCACGCGAGACAUUCUGGAAAACACGAAUUCGAAAGCACGAAUACGAUUAUCAUUAUACGAAGACUUCCGGUGAUCUCACCGGAUCGUUCCGUUUUCGUUGUUGGGUAAUUUUUAUAUUUUCGGAGAAGCAAGAAAAGAAAUGAGAAUCAAAACUGAGAGCGAAUGCGGAUUUCAGUCCAACGUUAUGCGCGGCGGUCGGACGAAGCGAUCAAAAAUGUGCAUAUUUUCCUGCCAAAAUUAAUCUUGUAAUUUUUAUUUUGAAAAUAUAGUAAUUAAUUGAGAAGUUUCUAAAACGUAAAUAAAUUAAUAAACUGCACGAAAGAUGUUUCAUAUUCAUUCAUAAUUAACAUAUUGAUAGAGAAGCGAGAAUGACGAUCGUAAUACAAUACCAUGCAAGUCGCUCGCUUGGAACGAUGACAAUACACACGUUCUGCUGACUUGAAAAUGUAAUAAUUUUCAAUUUAAGAACGUAGCGUUAAACCAAAAGAAUCAUAAGACGGUAUAAAAGUGCACAAAAUAUUUAUCAUUGCGUCUGUAUUAUUAAUUAUUAAUCUGACAACGAAAUGAGCAAUAUGUGAUGAUCAUACUGUGCGAAUUGCUCACCUGAAACAACGAAAAUAUGCACAUUCUCUCGAGAAAAUCUGGCAAUUUUCGUUUUAAUAAUGCAGCUUUAACUCUCAGGAAUCAUAAGAUGCUGUAAAAGUGCACAAAAUAUUUUUAACUACCUUUAUAUUAAUUAUUAAUUGCGCGCAAUUAAGUGAAAUAAGGAAGGCUAGGUCGUACUACGUAGAUACUACACUUGCGACGCUGAGGACACGAAAAUUGACGAAUUUCUAGCAGGACGACAGGAACGGAAGAGAGUGACUUACUUAUUUUAUUCUACCCGUUUUAGUCCUGCUCUUUUGUAAUCUAGCUGAGCAGGUAAUGGGAUAACAGUGCUGGAGGAAGUGGCCUGCGACUUACUUAUUUUAGGCUUACCUGCUCCACUCGUGCUUCUCUGUACUCGGGCCAGCCAUGUAACAGAGCAGCAUGAGUGGAGGAGGUAAUCGGCGACUUACUUAUUCUAAAACAGCCUCCCCUGCUGCUGCUACCCCGUUACAAAUCCGUCGAUUUUCGAGAUUUUCGACGCUCAGUUUGCGCGAUUGGGCCAUGUAACAGGGCAGCGUGAUUAGAGGAGGUAGGAGUAAUCGGUGACUUACUUACUUUAAAAUAGCUCCAGCUGUUGCUGCCACUCUGUUCCAAACACGUCAAUUUUCGAAAUUUUCGACGACUAGGCUGCGCGAUUGGCAUGACAAAUCCAGCCUUUCUUCUUUCACCUAAUUAAUACGUUAAUUAAUUAAGGAUAUUCUGUGCACUCUUUUUUGAUAUUUUAUUAUUCGUAAGGUCUCAUUUUAGGCACUUGAAAUGGAAAUUGUUAGUUUCUGUUGGAAAAACAAGCAUAUUUUUGUCACUUUAGACAAAUGGCUUGCAUAGUACAAACGGCUUGCAUCGUUACAUCUCUUUCGUGCUGUUUCCAUAAAUUAAUUCAUAUAAAUGUAAUUAUAAGCAUUUUGUGUACACUUUUAUCGCGUUUUAUAAAUAAUCACAUUUAACACUAUAUCAGAAAAAUCAGAAUUAUAGAAUUUUAUAAGGAAUACGUGUAUAAAAUACGUAAGUUUUAUUAUACAAAUAAUUAAUACUUGAAUUUAUCAAGUAUGAGAAAAGUGAGAAAAAUAUUAACUUAAUGCACUAAGAAACAAUCUAUAAACAUUUGAGAAACUCAAUAAUCAUGUUUUCAUUAAUGAUUAAUUUCUGUUGAUAAAAUAAUAGAUGUACAUAUGUCAAUUAUGUUAUAUGUAUAGGUCACUUGCCUGAGACGAUCAAAAUGUACUUGGACAAACUUUAAUAAUUUUUAUUUGAGGAAUAUGAUAUCACAUCUAAAGAAUCACAAAACGUAAUAAGAGUACACAAAAUAUUUAUAAUUACGUUGUAUUAAUUAUUAAUAUUGUGAUAGAACGACACGUGACGGUCGUACUAUGCAUGCUCACCUAAGAUGAUAAAAAUAGCCGUAUUUUAUUGCUAAACUCUAGCAAUUUUAAUUUUAAGAAUGUAGUAGUAACCGUAAAGAAUCACAAAACAUCAUAAAAGUGCAUUAAAUAUUUCUACUUACGUUUAUUUUAAUUAUCAAUGUAGCGUGCACUUACGUAGAAUUAGAAAGGUUAUGUUGUCGUGUGCGAAUCAUGCAUGCUGAGCUGUCUAAAAUCUCGAAAAUGAAGUAUUAGGAGCAAGGUAGCAGGAUAAGCAAGGAGGUCGCACAGAAUCCCUGAGUACUGUCGGUAACCUUACCGACGGUGAUAUUACCGACGUAGCAGUUGGUAACGUUACCGACAGAUUCGGAGAUUCUGUGCGAGCUCCUCGCUUAUCCUGCUACCCUGCUCCUAAUACUUCCAUUUUCGAGAUUUUCGACGGCUCAGCGUGCACGACUCGCACAGUACGAACGUAACCUUAUUCAAUUCUGCUUAAUUGUACGUUAAUUAAUAAUUAAGGUAAACAAAAGUAGGAAUAUUCUGUGCACUUUUAUGAUGAUUUUCGAGUUUUUAAAUUUAAUUCUAUACUUUUAACAUUAAAAUUGUUAAUUUUUGUUGGAAAAACGUGUAUAUUCUGUCACUUUAUGUGAGCGAUACGUCGCUGUUUUCGUUUCACUAUUACGUUAAUUAAUUAUAAAAAUUAAUGAAAUUAUAAAUAUUUUAUGCACUUUUACGGCAGUUUAUGAUUCUUUAGGUUUGAUGUUAUAUUCUCAAAAUCAAGAUUGUUGAAUUUUAAUGACAAAACGUGCAUAUUUUCAUGUUCCAAGGAGCGACCCAUGCAGUACUAUAGUGCAAUCGUACCUUUUUCAUUGUGCCAAUGCAUAAAUAAUUACUGCGAACAGAAUUGCAAAUACUCUGCGUACUUUUAUCGCAUUUUACGAGUAUUCAAGUUUAGCUCUUCAUUCUUAAAAUUGAAAUUAAUUUAUAAAUUAAGAAUAUACAAGGUUCUCUUACCAAAUAUUCUUCUAGGAAUUAUUUUAUUCUACAGACUAUCUCGACGACAAGAACUUAUUCCUGACGUAAUAAAUAAAUUUUAAUAUACUCUACAUUCCCGUCGAGUAAGAGUCAACGUGUUCGAGCUGGAGAAAAAUCUCUCGCUAACCAUUUUAAUAUACGUCCAACAAAUAUAAAUACAUAUCUUUAUCAACUUCCACGUUUUCGAUCUGUACGUCUACGAUUCUCCUGAUGAUGCGAGUUGUGAGUGAGAAAAGGUAACGAAGACAAUAAAAUCCAAAGUUCAGAAUGU